GGUUGCUCCACACAGAGUAGUGCUCACUUGGAGUUCCAGAGUCAGACAUGAGACUUUGCUCCUGGAGUGGAGCUCCCCUUCUCCUCCUGGGCCUGCUGCUACACAGUGCGCUGGCUGUGGAAAGGCACUACUAUAUUGCCGCCGUCCACAUAAACUGGACAUACACCGCACAAGAUGGACAGAGUUCUGGCCCCACCUAUAAGAAAGUUGUGUUCAGGGAGUAUGAUGCUGGCUUCAAACAGGCCAAGGCCCAUCCACCAUGGUUAGGACUGCUUGGACCUACCCUGCGGGGACAGAAGGGUGAUGUCAUCAAAGUCACAUUCAGAAACAUGGCUGACAGGCCGUACAGUUUGCAUCCACACGGCAUAGCCUAUGUGAAACAGUCAGAAGGAUCCUUGUACUUUGACAACACCUCGCUGUUUGAGAAGGAAGAUGACGAGGUCUGCCCGGGGAAAGAGCACACGUACACCUGGGAGGUGACCGACGAGGUGGCCCCAACAGAGGAGGACCCCCCCUGUCUCACCUACACCUACAUCUCCCACUAUGACAUCGUCAAAGACUUCAACUCCGGACUGAUUGGCACUCUGCUGGUGUGCAAAGAGGGUAGCCUCAGUGACACAGGCGAGCAGCUUCUUUUCUCCCAGGAAUAUGUGCUGCUCUUUGGAGUGUUUGAUGAAAGUGAGAGCUGGUACACCACAGGCCUAGCACCCACUGACAGCCGUAUAAAGUACACCAUCAAUGGCUACAUGAACGGCUCCAUACCAGAUCUAAAAGUUUGUGCCUACACCUCAGUGAGCUGGCACCUCCUGGGCAUGAGCUCAGAGCCAGAGGUUUUCUCGGUCCACUUCAACGGGCAGGUGAUGCUGCACUCAGGGCAUAAGGUCUCCACAGUGGGGCUGAUCAGUGGCUCCUCCACCAGUGGCAACAUCACCACCGCCCACCCAGGCCAGUGGCUGGUGUCCUCCAUCGUCAGCGGCCACAUGGAGGCUGGAAUGUAUGGCUAUCUGAACAUUGAAGAAUGUGAGGAAAUCCCCCCUCCACGCCGAAAAAUCACAAUGAAACAGAGACGACAGAGUCAGGAGUGGACCUAUUACAUUGCUGCUGAGGAGGUCAUCUGGGAUUAUGCACCUACGAUGGCUGAGUAUAUUGAUAGUGACUAUAAGUCCAAAUACCUGAAGAGCAGUUCUGAUCGCAUAGGCCAGAAGUACAAAAAGGCUGUAUUCACCCAGUACACAGACGAAACGUUCAAGGAAAGAGCAGAGAAUAAGCAGAGGAAGAUGGAGACCGGAAUCCUGGGCCCUGUGAUCAGAGCUCAGAUCAGGGACAUAGUGAAGAUUGUCUUCAAGAACAAGGCAAGUCGACCAUACAGCAUAUACCCACAUGGGCUGACUAUCGACAAGAUGGAAGAAGGGUUCAGCUAUCCUGACAGAGGUAACCAGACUAGCGGGGUACAGCCUGGGCAGACCCAUACUUAUGAAUGGAAAGUGAUCGAGGAGGACGAGCCCACAGACAGCGACUCGCGGUGCCUGACCAGGAUGUACCACAGUGCAGUGGACCCGGCCCGGGACAUUGCCUCCGGCCUCGUUGGGCCUCUACUCAUCUGCAAGAGUCAGUCCCUCGACAAGAGGAAUGCACAGUUGAAGGCAGACAAAGAGCAGCACGCAAUGCUGGUAGUUUUUGAUGAGAACAAAAGCUGGUACAUCGAUGAAAACAUCAAAUCUUUCUGUGGGGACCCCUCAAGAGUCAACAAAGAAGACCCAGAAUUUUAUAAAUCCAAUGUGAUGCACUCAAUAAACGGUUACGUAUAUGACAGCGGACAGGUCCUGGGGUUCUGCAAUGGUGAGAUAGUGACCUGGCACAUGUCCAGCGUUGGUGCACAAGACUACAUUCAGACCGCCACCUUUUAUGGUCACAGUUUUGAGCUGAAUGACAGACCAGAGGAUCUUCUCAGUCUCUUUCCAAUGACUGGGGAGACCAUCCACAUGAACAUGGAUAACAUUGGCCACUGGCUGCUGGCAUCAUUAAGCUCCCAUGAGACUCAGAAGGGAGUGAGAGUGAAGUUUAAAGACCUUGAGUGCUACCUAGAUUAUGACUAUAACGAGAAGGAGGAAACUGAUAUCUUAUCUGUAAAUACAUGGCGCCCUGAAGAUAUCGAUGAAAUAAGGAAACCAGGAAAUGAAAAACCAACAGAAAAAACUUCGAUUAAAUAUGAAGUUGAUGAUUACACUGACUCCAUGGCAGAGCUACUUGGACUUCGGUCAUUCAAGAACAAAUCACAAGGACUCAGAGAUGAUGUAGAAUUGUUAGAUUUCUCUCUGUUGGAUUCUGAUGAUCAGGUCUUUCCAGUUGGAAACACCACUGAGAAUCUUUCUUCCUACACAACUUUACAUUACCUGACUCACCCAGAGCUAGGAUCCAAUGAGAAACCGAGAAAUUUGUCAUUGGCAGAGAGGGCAAAGGUUAACGGAGACAUCAUGGAGAGAGGGUCCUUCAAUGAAACACUGAAUACAACAGGGAAAGCGGCUGACAGCGCAGAUCUGUGGACCAAUGCUACAACAAUGAAUGAAUCUGUGGCUGAAACAACCAGUAUGGAAUUACAGGUAAACAAAACAACAAUGUUAGUCCUGCAAACCAACAUCACAGCUGAAAUCAGUUAUGCUGUAGAGGGUGUGGCAACGGAUGCAGUACUAAGCCAGCUUAAUGGGAGCUCUGAGGAAAUUCAGAAAGAAGCCACCCCAGUUAAAGAAGGUACCUCACAUGUGGAAAAACCUGAGGUGUCUGGGGACAAAGCUACAGGGAAUGACUUGUUCACCUACACAGUGCCCUUCUCCAAGAUUUUCCCCAGCAGUACUCAGAUGGAGAUGAACAACACAGACAAAGAAGAGUUUGUAUUACUCGAUAGUACUGUCACUGAAGAAAUCUUCACUGGUUAUGAUAAAAAUGUGGUGGAUAUAGCUGUUUCAGAAGCGAAAUUCCCAUAUAGCAGUUCUGUUGCUACCACCAUCCCCGACGAGGGUCAGAAAGCGUUGCCUGAAAAUGCAACACUGGAUUCAGGAGGUAAUAUUUUUACUGCAGAAGCCACUGUGUGCAAUUCUAGCUGUGCCAAAGAUUUCACUGCUUUCGAUGCAGAAAUUGGCAAAAGUGAUGUGAUGAACAAUAUCAGCAAGUCCCUAGAAAUGAUUACCAGCACAGAACAGGGCAAUUAUAGUCUGCUGCCAGAAGCAACGUCAACACUAGGUUUGGAUGGAGGAAAUGAGACUGCAAUGGAAGACAAAAUUCUUCCCAAAAUCCAAGUACACAAUGAAACUUCAUCGGCUUCAUCAUCGGAUGAAGAAGCAGUGUGGAAUGUUGUGAUGAAAGCUCCUGGUGUGGAACACUGGAAUUCAUCAGAGGAGGUCGCUUAUGAAAAUGAGGAGGACAAUCGCUUGAUGGACAGAAACAUCACAUUUUCUCAUGGCUUGAUGAAUGUUUCCUCUUCACACAACAUGUUGUGGAAUGUGGAUGUCCACAUGGGUAAUCUGUCUCUGACAGUGUCAGGACCCCUCUUGGACCGCAAACAGGAAUCCAACAGCAGUUCAGAGGAGGAAAUGCUGCCUAGCACUGAUAGCAAGGAGGAAGUGAUCAUCUACCUGAAAAACAACAGCGAGGAGGUCACCCUCACCAGCUCCUUGGACCACCAGAAGGAGCACUGGAGUUACGAUGGGAAUCAUCAGCUGGUUCCUAUGGAGACAAAGAACACCAGGAAUGAAUCUGAGCCAAAUCUGGAUGAUUCAAAGGUCAGACAAGGAGGUAAAGAGAAGCAGUCCCAUGGGGGAAGGAAGCCACCUGGGUCAAGAAUUAAGAAAAAGAGGCUCUUUAAGCCCCGUUCUCGAAGCAUGGACUCUGGGGGUCCUGAAUUCAGUCCUAGGGGGAUGAAGCCCAUGUCCAACGAAGAUCUGAAGUCAAAAUCCAUUGUUAUAGUGGUGCCAAGACGGGACUUCAAUGAUUACGAGUUAUACAUACCUAAUCUGAGUGAGGAGUCUGAAUUGGUUGAUAUUCCUAAUGAGGGCUUUGAGGAUACCUACGAAUAUGUGGAUUACAAAGACCCAUACAGCCAGCAAGGUGACAUUAAAGAUAUCGACGAGACCACAAAAUACUAUUUGAAAAUGGCAGGGGACAAUGUAAAGCCAUACUUCAUAGCUGCAGAAGAAGUUGAAUGGGAUUACGCCGGGUAUGGCCAAAGGAGGCAGGAGAGAACAAACAUAGAUGAAAGCCAAACAAAGUUCACUAAAGUGGUUUUCCGGAGCUACCUGGACAGUUCUUUCAGCACAGCAGACAUCAGAGGAGAGGUUGAUGAGCACCUUGGAAUCCUCGGUCCCAUCAUAAAGGCUGAAGUUGAUCAAACCAUCAUGGUUGUUUUCAGAAACCUGGCCAGCAGACCAUAUUCACUGCAUGCGCAUGGUGUUUCCUACACUAAACAAAUGGAGGGACUGAAGUAUGAUGACGAGUCUCCUUACUGGUACAAGCAUGAUAAUGAGGUUCAACCCAAACAAACCUACACAUACAUCUGGAAGGUGGAUCCCAAGAUUGGGCCCAAGCCUCAUGAAUCAGACUGUCGGACAUGGGCCUACUAUUCUGGUGUGAACCCAGAGAAAGACAUCAACUCAGGGCUUAUCGGGCCCCUCUUGAUCUGUAGGAAGGGAACUCUGGCGAAACACUCGCAGAACAUGCGGGAGUUUGUCCUGCUCUUCAUGACGUUUGACGAAACCAAAAGUUGGUAUUAUGAAAAAAACGUGGAGCUGAUACAGAGGAAAAAUAAAAAAGCAGCGGUGGAUCAUCAGCUCACAAAGAACUUGAAAUUCCCAGCCAUCAACGGUAUUGUCUUCAGUCUUAAAGGACUCAGGAUGUAUACCAACCAGCUGGUCAGGUGGCACCUCUUCAACAUGGGGUCUCAAAAGGAUCUCCACAGUGUCCACUUCCAUGGGCAGACCUUCCUGGACAAACAAAUCAUGGAAUAUCGCCAGGGAGUUUAUCCACUGCUUCCUGGUGGCUUUGCAACUUUGGAGAUGUGGCCUUCAAAGCCUGGGCUAUGGCAGCUGGAGUCAGACGUUGGGGGUGUCCAGCAGAGAGGGAUGCAGACACUGUUCCUGGUUAUAGACAACUCAUGUGGCCAUCCACUGGGCCUGGUCUCCCAGAGUGUGAAAGACAGCCAGAUCACGGCCUCUCACCACACAGGAGAGUGGAAGCCACAUUUGGCCAGACUAUAUAACACAGGCAAAUACAAUGCUUGGAGUACUGAGAGGAACACUGCAAACUGGAUCCAGGUGGACUUUAAGAGGCCGGUGGUGAUCAGCAAGGUGGCCACGCAGGGAGCCAAGCAGUUCUUCACCUCUCACUAUGUCAUGAACUACACCAUCUCCUACAGCACAGACAGGAGGAAGUGGACGUUCUACAAGGGAAACAGCAACUUCUUCAGAAUGUCAUUCACAGGAAACCAAGAUUCCCAUGACGUCAAGGAAAACACCUUCUUCCCACCUUUGAUUGGUCGAUUUAUUCGCCUCCACCCUCACAAUUCCUAUAAUAGGCCAACUGUGCGCUUGGAGUACUAUGGAUGUGAGCUCGAUGGAUGCUCUGUGCCUUUGGGAAUGGAGAGUGGGAGGAUCAAGGAUGAGCAGAUCACAGCCAGCUCUACAGCCUCCAGCUGGUUCGUUGGCCCCUGGCAUCCAUGGUUCGCUCGUCUCAAUAAACAGGGGGCCGUCAACGCCUGGCAGGCUAAGACCAAUAAUAUGCAGCAGUGGCUGCAGGUGGAACUGAAGGAGGUCAUGAAGAUAACCGGUAUCGUUACCCAGGGGGCCAAAUCUUUGGGCACAGAGAUGUACGUGACAGAGUAUAUCAUUGAGUACAGCAAGAAUGGCAAGACGUGGACGAAAUACAAAGAGGACGAGCAUGACCCUGAGCCACAGGUAUUUCUUGGAAACAGUGACAAUAAUGGACAUAUGAAGAACUACAUCUAUCCCCCCAUAUUUGCACGGUUCAUAAAGAUUAUUCCUCGAAGGUGGGAGAGCACAAUCACCAUGAGGAUAGAGCUGCUUGGGUGUGAUUUUAAAUAAGGACACAGAGGGCAUUAUUUUGUGACACAUACCCUAACUCUUUUCAUACAUGGAUACAAGGCAUGAAAUUGUCAUCCCUUUCAUUUACUUAUUUAAUUAUCUGUGAACUUAACUCUAGACGAAUUGUAAAUAUAUGAGUACUUAAAAUAUCUGUUCAGUCACCAUCAAUAGGUUCUAUGCUUGUAUGUGCUUAUGUAUGUCUGUUUGUUCAGACGAGUACCAUAGCAGAGACCUUUCAUCACAAAGGAGACUAUGAACUCCCUGUGCAUGCUUGGUGUACCUGAUUUCUAGUAACUGUUUACAUUAGACAGCUGAAUGAAACAGUUCUUGUAAAAGGCCUUUAGGUUAAACAAUACAGAACCAGAACUUUUAUAUUGUGCAGGGAAUCAUCUAUCUUGGAUAAUACUAGUAAAAUAUCUCUCAGACUCUACAGUCAGAGCUCUUUGAAAUAAACUGGAUGAAUCCCAC